GAUUCGGAGCUUUCAGAGCCAAUCUAUGGGAACGGUGAACGCGGUACACCUUGCCUCACUGACUGCACGCCAAGUACUGCGGACGCAGUUGUGGAGAUAAUCCUCGCGUUCUUGCCUAGCGCCAGAGUAUCAUCAUCCGGGACAGAUUGCAACAGGGCAAUUGAGCGACCUGUGAAAUUUACUCUGUGAGCUCGAAGCUCGGUCGGUCUUGUCGAUGCCCUAAAUAUUUCAGGAUUUAGUCAACUUCGUUUGUCAAUGGGAUUGAAUACCGAGGAGCUUUUAUCUGGAGACAGAGCUGAAGCAAGCAGCAGUCGAUUUGGCUAUGAUACUCAAGCCGUAACGGACGAGCUUGGAAAUCCAUGUGUCACGGUUGCUGUUUAGUUCAGUCUUUUGUCGAUUGAUUGGAGCUUCCUCGAUUUGACUUCGGCCCAAAGCUCUAUUCAAAAUGGCGUUCCGGGGUGGGCGAGGUGGUCGUGGUAGAGGGCGGGGAGGCCGCGGCUUUCCCGUCAUGCGUGAUGAAGAUGGAAUGGCCCUCAUUCCUAAAAGCCGUGAUGGCCCUCCUCCCCUUUUUCCGACAUUGGAAAAUCUGCCGCCGCUGCCUGACCUCACCCCAAAGGACGAAGCUUUGGUGUCCAGAAGAAGGCAUUUGGAGUCAGCAUGGAAUGUCUCUCCGUAUUACAUAGAGAAACCGAAAGCGAAAUCUGUUGGAUUAGCAGCAGAGAUAGAACGAUAUUCUGAUCGUUACAAGCUCAGUGUCCAAACGAAGCGCCCGCCUCUAUCCUCUGUCUUAAAACUGGCUUCGGCUUAUUUCCCUGCAGAGCUGUUAGGCCAAGGAAAUCAAAAGCGAAAUCAGCGAGCUGAUGGAGCGCAAUGGACGCUUCAAACAGGCUCAGCGAAGAAUGAUCUUCAAAGACUUGAUCAACUGGCUUCACUAGAACAGAAAAGGAUGAAAGAUGGAGAGGAUAAAGAAGACGUAGAUAAGGAAGAGAAGAAGAAAAAAGAAGGUGAAGAAGGAGAUGAUGAUGACGAUGAAGAGAAACUUGAUGAUGAAGAUGAAGAAUUUGGAGAUGACGACUAUGCACAGAACUUCGGAUUUGACGACGACGAAGACUAUCUGGAUAUGGACGACGGUGGUGAUGAUGAGGGAGCAACUUACACCUAAGCCGUUAAUGGUUCCAAGUCUGAUCAAGGAUUUACAAAUGCCGUCAAUGGCCGUCCAACUUUGGUAAUAACUUGAAGGCAAGCCUCCCUGAUCUCGAACUCUCCCCUUGAAGUCGGGGUGUGAUGUCUUAUUUUUGGUGAAGAUCCUCGGCAAAGUUCUGCUCAUGAUGGUUUAAAAGGUAAAUGUACAGCCGACCGAUGUUUACAACUUAAUCCUCUUACAGUCCAAAUCACAAAAUACGGAAGAAGGAUCGGGAAGAUGUAGAAUAGUUUCAUGUUUUACAAGCUCGUAAGUGGCUUAGUAUAGGCAGCUCGGCCCGUCUAACAAGCGAUUGAUGUGAGUCGUAGCAAUGAGGAAUAAAAUUAAGCGAUUUCAUGCUCAGGAAACAGAUACAGUACCAGUCUACAACAAUAUAUACAUCAGUAGGACGAUCUUUUCACUGGAGAAGGUUGCUAAUCCCGACGCCAGCCGUAAUGGAAAGUUUGGCUCUUGUUUCUGAAGUCGAAGGCCAAAGAUUUUGUCCGGUCUGCCUCGUUCGUCACAAGACACGAGACAGGCGACAAGAAGCAUUGGCCGCUCCCUCACGCAACCUCCCUGACGCAAAUGGAUGUCUUGGCCCUUCUAAAGCUCAGGCAGGGCGCUAGGAUGCCACCCACAGAUGAGGUCAGCAUUGACGGGACAGAACUCGCAGUCUCAAACUAACAAUGCAUGGUACAAGCCUAUUGACGAGUACAGAUCUCGAAGCCUGUUCAUACCUGUUCGGCGGAAAAGAAUUUUAGAUCAGAUCAGAAUUUCUCCCUUCAGAUCACGAGUCAGAGUUUAUUCUGUCGCGUCAAAUUGUAAAAUCUCUGUCGAUUUCAGUUUAAGGAGGGUUGAUGCGAGAUCGGCACCCUCUAGGAAGCUUCGAAUUCCGCCGAAGCCUGUUGCAUGUAAAACCCGUAAACCUGCACAUCUCGACGCCGCCU